GUGCAACAUCACUUCCUGUUCACCGGAGGACGAAAACAUAUAAAUACAAGAUCUGCACUCACAAGCAGCAGCAGCAGUGAAGUUGACCAGGCUGACGUGAUGUCCUCUCAAGCUUUUCUUUUACCGCACUGAUCAGCUGUCAGACUUUACUGAACCACCAGCACCACCGGCACUGACAGGAUGGCUCUGGCAGAGUGGAGGUCUAACUUCCAGAGCGAAGCUGACGGUCUCCUGCAUGGAGACACCUGGAAUCUGGAGUUUGAUUCCAGUAUUCAGACCGAACAUCCUCAGCAUGGAUGGAAGGAGUACCUCAGGAAGACCAGUGCAAGGUUUCAGUGCAGCCUGUGUCCACGGGGCUGGCCCUCCAACCGAGUGAUGGUGGUCUUCCACAUGCACCUGGAGGGCAGCACGGGCACCGUCAAAGUGAGGCGCUUGCGUCAGAACUGCAAAAGGUGCAGCAAUGCUCCAAUGGUGGAUCCCAGCGUAGAGCCGGAGAACAUCACCAUCCUCAUGAGGAACCUGGUGAAGAAGAUAAGAAUUAAGUGCUACAACGAAAAACUGGAUCAAGGCCACUACAAUCCCACGAAGCUCGAAGUCAACAGUCCCCACGAGCCUGCCCACUGCGAGGGAUGUAUUCAAGGCGUCUGUACAAAAGAGUGAGCCGCGCUUCAUGAUCGCACAGUUUUGUGCCGUUGCUUUUGGCAUCGCUUGUAACUCCGUUUGUUUUGAUAAAUGUACCUAAAAAUAAUACUUGUCCCAGAUUUAAUAUCCUGGGGGGGAGGGUGUGUUUUUUUGAGAUUGUAACAAGAGUUUUUGAAUUUGUUGUUAUGCUCUUAUUAAACUAUAAUUUACAAAAGUAA